AUGUCGAAGUUUAUUGAAGGAAUAAUUGCAAAGUACACGCUAUCAUUUCAUCGCGUUUGCACCGAUCAAGUCUUUCCCGGUCGACUAUUUUGGAAUUUUUCGCCAAGACAAAAUGGCAUUGCGCGACGACUCGUUCGCGAGUGUUAUCCGCGUAAACAUGGCGGUGUAAACACCUGGAUGGAGUCGUUCACGAUGAUACUCUCGUUGUUGAGCGGGCAAGCGCCACUCACGAUUCUUCUUCUGUUCCGAGGUAGAUUACAACGAUUGCUCUCGACUUGCGAGGAGCUCUGGGCAACGUUGAGCGCUACUGAGAAGAAAUGCGUGCACGAUUACGCAAAAACGACGCAGCGUCUGACUUAUUUCUAUCUGUUCGGAUGUGCCUUCACGAUCUUCUUCUACGCCGUCGCGAGUCUCUUCGUAGCGCAGCGCGACGAGUCGUCGAACGUGACGACGAGGGUGUUACCGUAUGCGCGUCUCGUUGAGGUUUCUCGAACGCCUUGUUAUGAGAUACGAUGCAGCAUGAUUAAUGUCGGCGUCACCUGCGUCGCUGCGGAUACGAUCGGACCGGUACUAAUUUUGACUGUUUCUGGUCACUUCAAGGUCCUCAAUUCACGGAUGUUGAACUUGAGCAAUCGGGCAUGUUGGAAUAAAUGUCCGAGAAAUCGUGCGAAACCUGACCUCCAACUCUGCGUCCAAUAUCAUCAAAUCAGCGAAGCCAUAUCGAAAGCAGUAUACUGUACAUCAUGGUAUCACUUCUCGUAUGCGUUAAAAAGGUCUCUAAAUAUUGUCGCACUGAGAUCUCAGAAAGCAGCGCAAUUGACCGCUGGAUAUUUCGUACCGUUAUCCUUACAAACUUUCGCAUCUGUACGUGUGCAACAUGAUGUGCCUUGCUGUUGAGUAAUGGUUUAUAAGCGAUCAGACGUUAAUUACUACGUGUUAUUAGAACAAGAUGAAAGAUAAUAGAUGAUAAAAGCGGAUAAAGGAUUCAUCACGUCAGACUCUUCACUCUUCACGACGUUCUUGAUGCUCUUUGCGAAUUAGCUCUGGAUUCUAUAGGGCAUCCGUAGUUGACAACAACGAAAGAUUUAGUUGCGGAGACACUCCACAGCCCUGCUACGAUUGCUUAAAGUAACGAGGCAGGCGCUAACCUUCGUCGAAACUAAUCCAAGGAAAAUGUCGGAGAGAGAAAGGCUUUCGAUGUAACUCUUGGCUUAAGCCGAGCAUCGAUCAUUUUCUUUUUCCGUUGCCGAGCUGCACCCUCGGCUCGUACGUGUUGAGAGUUACCCCGUCGCAUCACGCGAAAUACAGUUAACGGAGUGCUGUCUAUCCUGCGAUAGGAUCGACGAAAGCCUGGGGAAUAUGCACAAAUUGCAAAAGUAAAUCCUCAUCAGGAUCAAAGAGAUCCAAGAGAAGUUUAAACAAGCCUGAACAACAAUUGAGAAAAUAAAAAAUACAUAUCUGUGAAUCUGAUAGUUGAAAGAUUGUAAUAUUGAGGAUAAUGAUGAGCAUUUCUCUUGCAAAUGCAAGUUCAAAUCACCAGAGAGACUUUUUACAUUUACUAUUUAGAGAGACUAUUUACUGAAGAUCUGAUAAAAUAUUAUUCUCACUGUACAGUGAUCAGUCUCUUCUACAAUGUAACAGUAACUUGUCCGCCCUGUAUAUUCCGAGAUAUUAAACGCGUCGAUAAAAGGAAUGUUCAACAAUGACACUUGCGGAUCGUGAAGGGGAAAAGGACGUGAUAGUCGAUAGCGAGGGCAAUAGAAUUUCCUCGGUGCAAUAUUACUGUGCUAACGAGCGAGCCUAGCAACUUUUCUGUGAGAAACGUGGUUUCUUUACUUUUCGGCCAAUAAACGCUGCAAAGCUGUUGCAGAACGGGACUUGCGCCUUCUGUUCGAAAUCUAUUUACUAUAUAUUUACGUAAUAAAUAUAACACAUAUUCAUCAUAUUCAUACGAAAGAAAAGCGGAUAACAAUAAAUGUAUUGUACUG